AGCGUGCCGCCGCCGCUACGGAAAAGUAUGGAGGACAUUUCGUUGCCCCACGAUACCAGAGUCGAAGAUAUUUUAGCCGACUAUUUCACAAAGAAGAUCGAAGGGAAGGACGCAGAGGCCAAGGAGAAGCGCUCCGACUCGCAGCACAGUUCCAAGUCCAAGAAGUCCAAGAAGCGGAAGCACAAAAAGAAGAAAAAACACAAAUCACGAAAAGCUCAUUCAGGGAACGAGGAGGAUGAACCUGAUCGCUCCAGUGCAGAUGAAUGCUGGGUGGAGGUAACAGUAGGCAACGCCAAGGAGAACUCGGCCAAGGAUAAGUCAGAUAGUACUGACAAAGAACCAAAGAAGAAACUCAAGAGUAAGAGCAAGCAUAAAGACACUAGCGCUUCUUCAAAUACGGAUGCUGUAGCUGGUCAAGAUAUGCCAAAGGGAGAUAAGGAUGGUGCAUGCAAAGAUGACGACCACAGCAGCAAAGGUGGCAGUGAUCAGAAGGAGCCAACAAGUAAGGAUAACGUUAAGCAGCAGGCUGAACACUCUGGACGCUCAUCCAGAAAGUCAAGCUCAUCUACAUCUCCGGCCAAGAGCAACCGUGCUUCAAGUAGCUCAGACUCUGACGAUGAGCACAAAAAUGCGUCCACAGCAGAGCCUGCUAGCCAUACUUCAGAAGCAGAGUCAUCUAAAAAACCAACAAAAAAGAAAGGGCGAAGCUACAGGACAAAGCGCUGUCGAUCGUCUGGCUCAUCUGAAUCAUCCGAGGAUGACCAAGACAAGCAAAGCAGAAGUCGAAGCCGAAGCCUAUCGCACGGGGAGAGCCCUCGCCAUUCCAGGCAGAACAGGGCACGUAGUUCCAGCAGAAGCCGGCAUGGCACUCAAAGCAAGGAUUUGAGACGAGAAAGGAGCAAGGGCAGAGAUGAUAGAAAAUAUGACCGAUCACGAGAUCAUUCUCGUAGUCCGAAAAGGUCGAGUCCCAGUAGAAGCCAGCGUCGUGGCCGAAGUCGCAGCCAGCAGAGCCGUAGCCCCGGAAGAUUGAGGACUGGCCGCAGUCGCAGCCCAAGGCGGUCUGGAGGUAAUCACAGCCGUAGCCCAAGACGUACUGAAAGUCUUCGCUGCCGUAGCCCGAGACGGUCUGAAGGUCUUCGCAACCGCAGCCCGAGGCGUACUGAAGGUCAUCGCAGCCGUAGCCCGAGACGUUCCGAAGGUCAUCGCAGCCGCAGCCCAAAGCGUUCUGAAAAUCGUCGCAGCCCUAGCCCAAGCCGUAGUCGAAGGUGGUCAGAAAGCAAGCACAGCCGAGGUAGAACACCACCGAAGCGUAGUCAAAGCCGAAAAAGGUCAGAAAGUAGGCAGCGAGGUCGCCGUAGUCAAAGCCCUAGCUCUAAGCAAUCUCGACGAAGUACUAGUCGAGAUAAAAAGCAUGUCAGAAAAAGUCGAAGCCCUAAAGGAGAGAGGAAAAGUCGUAGUCGCAGCCGUAAGCGUUCAGUGAGCAAAGAAAGGUGCUCUUCACGACAUUCGAAAAGUGGCGAAAGGAAUUCUUCAGAUGAUGGCAAGUCUGAUGACAGAGAUAAAGGCAGGGAGGAGAAGACUUCCAGUGUAAAAGUGCCAGCAUCUGAUAAGAGCAGUGCAAGUUCUGUGGAUGCAGACAGUAAACAAAAACAGACAAAGUCUUCAGAAGAGAAAGCUAAAAGGGACAAAGUGACUGACAAAGAAAGUUCCACUGAUGCUGGCAAAAACCAGGUAGUUCUUUACGGACCGUUUGAGGAAGAAGCUAGUUUUGAUGAGGAACCAAGUCCCGAGAGAGCUGAACCAACUUCAAAACUUUUGCAGCCCGAGACAUGCUCAGGUGUUGCUGGCAAGACUUCGAAACACCAGCCAGCUACCAGUAGCCUUGAUGCAGUGCCGCUUCCAGCAGAGCCUGUUGCCCAGUCAGAAGACACUCUGCUAGAGGACAUGGACAUUUCAGACUCGCCAUCCUCCGGUGGAGUGCUAGAAGUAGAGGACAGCCUCAAUCAGAACCUUCCUUCUGGAGAAAAUCAGUGCUUGCCCUCCGUCACUUCUCGGCAUCAAACUGAAACCAGGGCCUCACAGCAGUGUGUGCAACCACAGAAGGUUGCCACACCUGAAGACACGUCAAAGAAGGCAACCCUUGCUAGAGCUGCGAUUCCUUGGAAUUAUAAUGAAGCACAGCCGCCACCACAGCCAUGGGUGAAGCCUGAAGUAACUAAGCCCGUAGGGCAAGUCAGGCCUUUUGUUAGAGAGGUCAGUUCGAAUGAGUCAGCAGUGCAAAAGGGUCUCUUGCAGGUUAAGCAGGAUGGAGUUGGUGCCAUCAUGGCUACAGUGCAGCCAUCGACUGAUCCUCCAUUGAGUGCACCCAGCAAGGCCACAAACAAAGCUGAAGAGCUGUCUGCUUUGGCAAGCCCUGCUGCAAAGGUGGCUGAGCAACCUGCUUUUCCUGAUCUUUCAGCAAAGCUACUGCCACAAAUGUCUCUCACGACUGUGUCGCCACCUGUAAAUGUGCACGGUGGGGCAUUGUAUUCGGCUACUGUGAUGCCAGUGCACGUCACUUCACAAUGUGUGGGUAUGCCAGGGCACGGUCAAGCUGGCCCUGGUGCUGUGCCGCCAGUCACGCAAGAAAAGCCCCCACAUGUAAUAGAGCAGCAGCAGCAGCAGCAAAGUCCACCCCAUGUUCAACAAAGCCGGGAUAAUCAGGGAUCGGACUCAGUGGACUCAAGUGGUGCUGCUUCCAAGGUUGUUGGCUCAACUGGAAGUGAAUCAGUCCCUUCAUCUCCCACCAAGGAGUCCAAAAAUGCAGAUACAGCUCCAGAUGUAGGUGCUGCAGAGAACAUCAAGGACACCAACGAGUCUGGGUGCUCGUCCAGAAGCUCUUCUCCAGCAGAGCGGCGAAGUCGAAGCAGUAGCAAGGAAAGAUUGAACUCUCGCAUGUCUAGAAGCUGUAGUGGGGACCGAGAAACCACAAAGCGAUCACGGAGUAGUGAAUCUCAAAGCCCAACCAAUGACAGCAAGCGGCUGCGCAAGGAUGACCGCACGGACUUGGAGAAAAGGAAAACAAAGAGUGAGAGUCAUGAUAGACGUGGUAGUGCAAGCCCAGACCGCAGUGCACGUGACAGUCGGGCUAGGAAGAAGAGCGUGAGCCCAGACAGAAAGCAGAGCAAGAGUCAUGACCGUAAGAGGAGCAAGAGCCGUGACAAGAGGCGGAGUAAAAGCCGUGACAGAAGAAGCAAGAGUCGGGACAGAUGUAGAAGCCAUAGUCGUGAUAGAAAGGGAAGCCCAAGCCGCAAACGGAGGAGAAGCAAGAGUCGCGAAAGAAGACCAAGCAAAAAUCGAGAACGAAAGAGAAGCAAGAGUCGGGACAGGAAGAGGAGCAAAAGCCGAGACAGGAAGAAGAGCAGGAGCCGGGAACGACAAAGGAGCAAAAGCCGUGAACGAAAAAGGAGCAAGAGUCGGGACCGGAGAAGAAGCAAAAGCCGUGAUAGGAGGAGGAGCCGAAGCCGAGACCGGAAGAGAAGCAAGAGCCGGGAACGGCGUAGUAGUGCAGUGCGCAGUAGUGGAGUGCGGUCGUCUCGAAGGAGAAGUGGCAGCAGGUCUCGCAGGAGCCGCAGCCGCGACCAAUCCAAGAGACAUAGCCGAAGCAGAGAGAGGAUGCGCCCUCAGCGAAGCCAGAGCAGGGGCAGAGACUCAAGCAGGAGGAGAUCUAGGGACAAAGAAAUGCCUAGGGGAUGCCUGAUCCUGAAGGGAUACAAGAACGAGCUUAGCAGUGAGUCCGAGAGCAGCCCCGAAAGAAAAAGCACAGUGAAGCCAUCUUCGCCAGUCAAAAAAAGACAGCGUAGGGAAAGUGAUGCUGAAAGCGUCGACUCUGAGGAGGAUAAGCCUGAAGACAACAGGGUAGCAUCACCAAUGAUGUCCGACACUAGUAAGCCUGAUGCAGAUGGUAAGGGUGAUCAUUGCGCAGAUAGUGGCAAAGAGAAAGAACUUCAAAAGCUUGCAUCCUCUGAAACAUUAGGGAGCAAGGAUAAACUCAAGGAUGCCCCAUAUGGGCCGCUUCCCCCAAAUGAAGCCAGCACUUCUCCAGCAGUCAUGGAAGUGCAGCACUCUGAUGAUGAAAUGGAUGAUGAGCAGGAUGUGCAGGCUGGCUCUGAUGGUUGCUCACCAAUGAAAACGAAACCAGAUGGUAAGGCACUUGGCGCUCCUGUUGUGAGCAGCAGUAGCUCUAAAGAGAGCAUUUGCUCGGUUAAGGACACCUUGGUGGCGAGUAGCGAAAGUCAGUCUGCCAGUCUCGAAGCUUCUCAGGACUGCAAAUUGCGUAGAAGUCCAGAACCGAAGCAAGACCGACAAGAAAAAAGUACAAAUAAAGAAGACAAGUCACACUGUGAGAAGUUAAUCAUCCCAAGCGGUGAAAGCGCAGUGUCGAGCUCAACUGGCAGCCCUGGAGAUCCAGAAGGGCAACCCAAAAUCAGGCCACUUUCUGGAACCUUGCACACAGAUAAGUUGAAUGAAGAGAAUUCACCCUCUGAGCAACGUCCAGUGGCCUGCACAGAUGACAGCGAUGAAAAGAAGCCAAGCACGAUGACAGUCGACAAAACUAGAGAAGCCAGCUGCAAUGAUGACACAAGGAGUACUUCAGACAGUGGACGCAAGAGUCGCAGCAGGAGUCCGUCAAGCACAUCUUCCAUUGAAAAAGCUAGGACAAGGAAGCAGUCUUCAUCGUCAAGCAGGAGUCGAAGUCAUGAGAGACAUACUUCUAAAGAGCCGAGCAAAAGCAGAAGCACCUCCCCAGACAGCCCCGGUGUGGAGAUUCGAGAUGAAAGUCCAGAAAAAAAAAGCCAAGGCAAAGUCAAGAAAAGAAGCCAUAGCAGAGAAAAGAAGAGAAGCAAAAGUCGAGAGAAGAAACAAAGUCCCAGCCGUAGUAGGGAAAAGAAGAGGAGUCAUAGUCGCGAAAAAAAGAGAAGCGUGAGCCGAGAGAAGAAAAGGAGCAAAAGUCGCGAGAGGAGAAUGAGCCCUAGUCGAGAUAGAAGUCGCCGCAGCAGGGAGAAGAAAAGAAGCAGAAGCCGAGAGAAAAAACGAAGUCCCAGCCGAGAAAAGAAGAGGAGCCGCAGUCGUGAGAAACGAAGGAGUCGUAGCAGAGAUAAAAGGAGGAGCCGCAGCCGCGACAAGAAGAGGAGCCGUAGUCGGGACAAGAAGAGAAGCCGCAGCCGAGAGAAGAAGCGAAGCAUAAGCAGAGAGAGGCGCAGGAGCCGUAGCCGAGACAGGAGGAGGAGCCGCAGCAGAGACAAGAAGAUUAGCCCCAUCCGGGACAGGAAGCGCAGCCGCAGCCGAGAGAGGAGGAGGAGUCGCGAUAAGAAUAGCCCGAGUCGGAGCCGAGACAGGCGGAGGAGCCGGAGCCGAGAGAGGAGGCGUAGCAGGAGCCGUGCACGACGAAGCUGGAGUCGGGCCAUGGAACUGCAGCGCAGACGGAGUGCUGAACGAUUGCGUAAGAAGAGCAGGAGCCCUCGGAAAAGAAGCCUGAGCAAGAGGAGGUCACCGCCGCCACGUAAGAAGAGUCGCAGCCGCAGCCGAAGCCGGCGGCGUUCUAGAACACACAGUCCAGAGAGAAAGAGAAAGAGCCGCAGCCGUGAAAGAAUGCUACCGCAAGGCCACAGCAACCAGCAGGGAGUACUCCUCAGCCACAGGAACAGAGAGAGCAGGGAGCCCUCAGUGGUCAAGGUGGACAAGGCCCAGCUGCUGGAGGCUGCUCGCAAGAACAUGCAGGCCAUGUUACAGCGUGGUGUGGUCGCCAAGGGUCUCCCCGUGGCUGCAGCGGCAGCUGUGAACGCGACUGUCAAAGUGGUGGCAGCGGCAGUGGCAGCUGCUGCAGCUGAUCCGAAGUCAUCGCUGGCUGCCAGGUUGGAUGUGGGUGCGGCUGCGACUUCGACACCCCCGAGUGAGGCUCCAGUCUUGCCCUUGGCAUUGUCAGGAGAUGGCACGGGCCCCUCUGUGACCCUUGGCAUGACCGAGGAGCCGCCGAAGGUCAAAAGGUCCUUGGCUGCACUCACUGAAAUCUGCAAGGCCAUCUCCGACGAAGAGAAGCGCGAGUACGCUGGUGAAGUGGAACCCAAGACGGCUGAAGAAGUGGCUGAAGAGUUCCAACAAACACACCACCACCCUUUCAAACUGAAGGAACCUCCACCCCCGAUUAGGUUUAACAUUCCUAAUGCCACCAACCUCCCCGUGAAGACGCUCGCCGAGAAGGUGGCCGAUGCUGCUCACCUGCACAAACAGUUUCCCGUCUCGAGCGGCAACCAGCACCGCGUGAAAGAGCUCGAGUGGGUGCCCGUGGAGAAGACGGAGCCGGCCCCCAAGGCCGCUCGGGCUGCGGCUGCCAAGAGUCGUGCUGCCCCGCCAAAGGAGGGAGGCACCUCCUCCCCGCUUGCCCUCAUGCCCUCUCCUUCCCCCUCACCCACCACUGAUACCUUUUCCCCGCUGCCCACUGUUGCCACUCCGCCUGUGUUUCAGAUGGAGGAUGUUCCGCUGCCCGUCUCGUCGGCAGUGAUUUCCUCGACGGUGAUGGAGCCGCCAGACCCUGCGCCGGAUAGCCUUGACAUUGCAACCAUAAUGAGCCGUCGUAUUGAAGCGAUGAAAGCCCUCAAGGAGAACCCGAUGGAUCUGGAAGCUAUGAAAGUUUACCACGACUGCCACAAGGAGUUCCAGGCUUGGAUAGCAUCAAAACAAGAGCCGGGCCAAUACACAGGCUCGAUAGACUUCAAGCCCCUCACUCCUGAUGAGCUCUCCGGGCCUACUCCAGCUUGGGUUAAAAAGGACCAGUUCAUGAAAGCUGCACCCGUGACUGAGGGCAUAGGCAUGCACUUGUUGCGCAAGAUGGGGUGGACACCUGGGGAAGGCCUCGGCAAGAACAAGGAGGGUGCUUUAGAGCCUCUGCUACCCAGCAUCAAGACUGACAAGAGAGGUCUGGUGUCGGAGCUAGAGACAAAACGCCCUCUUGUGCCUGAGCACCAGGAUUUGGGAGGCAAGCACCCUGUGUCAGCCCUGACUGAGCUCUGCAUCAAGUCGCGAUGGGGCCCGCCUGAGUUCACUCUGGUUGGUGAAAGUGGACCCGACCACAAGAAAACCUUCUUAUUCAAGGUGAAAGUGAACGGCGUCGAGUAUCAGCCGCAGGAGUACAGUGCCAACAAGAAGCAUGCCAAAGCACAAGCAGCCAUGCUCUGUCUCCAGAAGAAGGGCAUCAUUGGUCGAAAUUACUUCCAAGGUCCUGCUUGUCAACUGUCCAUGAUGAUGCCACAGCAGGACAUAGAUCUCAUGUAUUAGACUCCUGGUCAUGGAGUCUUCGAUUUCGGGAUGCAUGAGGCUGGUGUGGCCAUUCUAGUUCGGUGCAUAAGGUGACACAACCAUCAAAUGCUCAAAUUGUUGACACCUCGAUGCCCACGGUGUCAAGCUUGUGAUCUGCGCAGACAGAUCAAUCUAUGGUUGCGCAUCACUUUAUAAAUCAUGGUGGUGUACGAACCUAGCUGGGGGUCAAAUUCUGUCGCAUUUCAGAAUAUGCCAUCUUGUCUGUUCUCAUUGGCUCACAGAGCUUCUGUGGCUUCUCCGGUGGCUGGAAAUGCCAACAUGGUAGAAUUUGACAAUGUCUAGAAUGACACCCCUGUACCUUGAGAUAACAGUGGCCAAAAACUAAGUCAUCACAUAUGAACAAAAGCAUCAACACGCUGUUUUCGUACACCACAGAUAUUUUUUUUUCCCCCAUGUGCCCUUUUUGCUGGCCGACCACCUGUCUGUUGGCAGCAUCAUAGCACCUGAAACAUGCUUUGUUUGUUUUAGCCUUGAUGAACUUGCAAUCUCUCCCGACAGUGUUGAAUGCUGAAAGUGUCUAGUCAACGUGCGUUUUCCGCUAUAAUCGUAAAAACCCUCUUUGGCUGGCCAAAGAGAGUGCGUCUUGACUUCAGAGCACUUGAAGUUAUUGCUACUCAUUUACCAUCUUUAUUUUCAUUGUUCUGUGGAAAUAAGUGAACAUUGUAGAACCUAAGAAACAGCCAGUGUAGAGUACAACUUGGAAGUGACUGUGAUAAUUCACUCAUUCAUUGUCGUUUUUGUGUGUCAAGCUGCCUUCACUGUUGUGUGUAAGUAAUGAUUUGAUUGAUGUGAUCACAAUAUGACCACUGCAGUGCAUUUCACCUGACAAAGUUAGCUGUGAUUUCUAAUGGGAAUUGUGCUGUCUUGAUUGUGAAACACUGAUGUACAAUCGGCAUCACCCUUGCGUAGAGUGCGAGAACGGCGGCCUCCAGGGCACUCAAGAGCCAGCCAGCCAGCAACGUCUAACGCUAGCUGCUGGGCAUGUUUGGGCCCGAUAACUACCGAUAGACGUUGCUGGCUGGCUUCUGAGUGCCCUGGAGGCCGCCGUUCCUGCGAUCUGCACAAUGGUGACGCCGACUGUACAGUUGGCAACAAAAGCAAUGUGGACCUAUGUGUGCAGCGUUAGGUACACACGUGAGCAAAAAUUCGUGGGGCCACAACAUUCAUACAGGGACGGAUUACCGGUGAAGCUGUUUAGGCUGCAUACAUUACGAAAUUGUAAAUAUUUUUCAUACGGCACCACACUAUGCCGACACAAGCGCCGCCGCGGUCACCGCACCUCUCAUGCAUCUGCUGCAACCCCUGCAACCGCUGCUGCAGCGACGCUGGCACCUCCGACAGGCGUGACGUUGUAACCACGAAAGCGCAGACCACGUGCACAGGUGGCGUUGCCGCACUAUUUCCCCCUCUCCCCCAACCUGUCCCCGUUGCUGCAGCGUCGGCGUCACACUGUUUCCCCAUCUCCUACAAAUGGUCGACACCACGUGCAUUCCUGUUCACAUGCUGUGUCCUUGAUACGGAUGCAAGCCACCCAGUGUACCACCUCUGGGAAUGCAUGCAGGGUUUGCAUACGGGGGCUGGAGGUAAACAGCUUCGCUGUAAAAGUAUACGCACCAUGGUAGUGCAUGUGAAACUGCAUUAACGCUCCAUCUUCUGUUGCGGUGCCUGUUAUCAAGACAAGUGCAUGCGCAUCCCGUCAUAUCUACCGGCAUGUCUUGUUGCUUUUUCGGCACAUCUGCGCCGCUGUUUCACUGAGUGACUGCCGUAGAGCUGGCAACUGAAGCCAGCCAUAGAGCUGGCUUCAGUUAUUGCGCAGCUACUGCAUGCUCUUGCACCUGUUGAUGACUUGUGCAGAAGGCUUUGCUUCUUACUGCAGCACUGCAGCCUUAUAUAAUUCAGAUAUUAUCAGAAGCGCUUCCAAUAUUUGCUGCUGCUUGUUCAAGCACAGUUUUACAAUCUGUUUCCUUUGUCGUGCAGAAGGAUUGCAGCAGUGUAUCAACACUUUAGUCUAUGAAAGUAGCAGCAGCAUUUCGGCAGCAAAUAUUGUAACUGCUUCCGCUAAGACGUCGCUGCAGGAAGAAGCAAGCAUUCUGCCAGAGUCGUCAAAAAGACGCGAGAGAACUCUCUUGGCCGUGCAUUAACCAAAGAAAUGUAAUGCAAGAGGGAUGCGCGAGCCAGCUUUUUCGCACCCAUUCACUGAAACAGCGGUGCAGAUAUGAUAGAGCAGGGGAAGCGGCACAGGCGGCUGCCCGUAGAAUGUUUAGUCGACAAGGAAAGCAACAUGACAGGCCCGCAGCUAUGAUGGAAUGUGCAUGCGCUCCGGCGUUCGAGCACCACUUUUGACUGCUGGCAGCGUACCAAAAGGUGGUGCAUAAUGCUACUUGGCAAGUGCUCACGUGGUCCAUAUAAUUUUGCUCACGGGUGUACAUACUUUGUUACGCAGUGCCAUGCCGGGAAACAUUCCACUGAGAUAGCAUAGGUAGUUUACGUUUAUAAGUGCGAGCACAGACAUGCUCCUUGCAGGCUUCUUCUGCUUCCAGAUGCUGGUCUGGCAUUUCGUUUGUAGCUUAAAUUUAUUUCCUGAGGUCUUGUGGUUAUUUUGUGAAGAACUGUGAUUAUCUGGUGCAGGCAAGACUGUACGCAUCAUUUCUGUACAGUCAUCUUACAAGGAACACGACAUAUUGUGUGCUUUGAUAUCGCCAAGCCCUGGGCACAGAUCAGAACACUGCACUUGCCACUGCUAUAGCUUGGUAUUUUGCCAAUUUUAUCGCAAACUAACACCUCCGUUUUAAGCUUUCCUCAGUUCAGAACAAUGCUUUGUUGCUUCCAGUUAGGUGCAGUUAGGUUGUUUGUACAAUCCCGGAUAGGGCAGCCAUAUUGUACGACAUAUUUAUAAAAAAACAGAGGCCUACUUCUGUUAUCUCGAAAGUUGUGUAGCUUUGCAUCACUGCCACGUACAACGUUGGUGCCAUCAAUGCAACACUUCCCUGUUAUGCUGAAGUUGACAACUUGGCAUUGCAAACUUGCACUUGUCGGGCAGCCAGUGUGCUUCCCUCAUCGAAGAUGGGCAAGAAGCUGCUUGCCUCUGUGAGUUAAGUGUGAAACCUGGCGCAAACUUUACAUUAAAAAUACUCUUUUAACUGCU